GGAACCUUCGCCGCUCGCCUCAUUCCCUUCCGGUGUGUGACGGAGGAGGCCCCCUGGCAGGGCACGGUGGGUCUGCCCGGACCGGAACCGGAGUGCCUCGCCCCCGGGCAGUGAGCCGCCCCUGUUGGAUGUGUGCAGCCAUUCUCGGUACCGGCGGGCUGUGGUGGUGACCCGCUCCCCGGCUGGCCGCCCGCCUGAUUGUCCCCCGCAUGCACCCCGGCGGAGCACGGUUGCCCCGGUAGAUUGGUGUCCGGCAGCGGGCAGACAUGCCUCCCGUGCAGCUGGAGAGCAGUCAGCUGGUGGUGGCUGGGGGUCCCACAUCUGCCCCCCAGCCCCCUCCCCCCGGGGCAGUGGUAGCCACCACGUCCCCGAGCCAUGGCUACCGGCUGAGCGCUCUCAUCGAAUUCCUCCUGCAGAGAACCUACCAGGAGAUCAACGUCCUGGCCGACCUGUGAGUACACCAGGGCUGGGGGGUAACCGGAGGGCAACGGGGGGGUUAGAUCACAUCAUACACCACCACACUGGCCGACCUGUGAGUACACCCGAGCUGGGGGUAACCGGGGGGGUUAGAUCACAUCAUACACCACCACACUGGCCGACCUGUGAGUACACCCGGGCUGGGGGUAACCGGGGGGGUUAGAUCACAUCAUACACCACCACACUGGCCGACCUGUGAGUACACCCGGGCUGGGGGUAACCGGGGGGGUUAGAUCACAUCAUACACCACCACACUGGCCGACCUGUGAGUACACCCGGGCUGGGGGUAACCGGGGGGUUAGAUCACAUCAUACACCACCACACUGGCAGCUACAGUGAAUGGCAAUGUGUGUCUGCCAGCACUGGGAAUGCUGCUCUGGGCUCUGUGUGAGCUGCUUGCUGGGAGGACCUGGGAAAUUUAAAUAUAUACAUACAUAUAUGUGGAGUUCUGUAAAGUGGUAAUUUACUCACUGCACAGUACAGAGGAUGGAGAAAGUGCAGCAGUUAUACAGACUUUGUAAUGAGACUGAUCAUAUUUGCAUGGGUCCCUUAUUGCAACACCUCUGUAUAGGCUAUAUUUCCCAUUUAAAUGGAUAUGACUACUGUAAUACAACUUAAUGCAGAUCUAGUAAGAGCAUAGUUACUUAAUUUAUUUUUUGCUUAUAAAGCCAGGAACAUUUUAUGUACAGCUUUUUGUCUGAGGUGUUAAGUGUGAAUGUGCAUACAGUUGGAAUACCAGAAGAAUAAAUGUGUGGCUUUUCAACGUGCGAUUUGUAAGGUUGCAUUUAAAUUACAGAGGUAUGUUUCUGUGGUGUGUCAAUGUUUGCGUAGAGCAUAUGUAGUAGUUGAUAGGGUGUAGGUCUGUGGAGUAUCAGUGCAUGUGUGGUUUACUGGAGUGUCAGUGAGGGGGGUGAUUGCCAUAAAGUAUUUGCGUAGAAUUUCAGAGUGGGUUUGAUUGCCGGGGUGUAUGUGUCAGAUUGGCAGAGAGUAUUUUUGUAGAAUAUCCGUGCGGUUGUGAUUGCCUAAGUUUCAAUGUGAAUGUGAUUGCCAGAGCGUACAUGUAUAUAAUUUCAGUGCUUUUGAGUAGAAUUUUAGUGCGUGGGUUAAUAAAUAUGUAUAGUGUCAUGUGUACAGUGUCAAUGAGUCUGUGAUGCCAAGGUGUAUGUGUAAAGUCAGUGUGUGCAUGUGCUGUAGCAGGUUUGUAUGUGUGGUGUAUUUCUACAGCCAUUUUCUAUAUUUUGUGCUCUGUUUGUGCAGUGUCUGUAUUUAGAGGUGUCUUUGGGCAGGAUGUCGGUUUGCAUGUCAGUGUGCGUAAUUGCAAGUGGAUCAUUUGUGACAGCAGUGUGAAUGGGCUUUGGGUAACUGUUAUUUGACAAAAUGGGUUAACAAAUGAUGGUGAUGGUAUCCAAACAUCAAAUGCACGUUAGUAACUAAAAUAUGCUGUAUUGAUUUUGGUAUUUUGAGCGCCUCCAUAAAGGAACUCUCCAAGUACCAUAAACACUACAUUUUGCUGUACUGGUUAUGAUGCUAUAAUGCCAGGUGUACCCAGGUGCAUCUCCCCCUCUUUUCCCCAUUUCCAUUGUAAGGAGUCAAACCAUUCUGGACAUGUUUGACUUCUCAGCUUGGGUCUGCUGCGCCCCACUCCUCGCCCCCAAUACUUACUAUGGAGAGCCACAAUCUCCAAAAGAGGAGCUUUUAUUAGCUCAGUUGAGCUAAGCCCUGCACCUCCACGUUUAACUCUAAUAGAGAGCUUGUGACUCACUAUAAGAACUAGUGGAGACCUGGAGCAGUGCUCAGUGUAAACUAGAUAACUGCACAAAUUGGUCAUAAAAUGUGAUCUGAUCAUAUAAGUCACAGUCUGCUUAAACUAAUAACACACAAAGAAUGAAAUGUUGCCAUGUUUUUAUUGAACACACCAUGUAAACAUUCACAGUGCAGGUGGAAAAAGUAUGUGAACCCCUUGUCUAAUGACAUCUCCAAGAGCUAAUUGGAGUGAGAUGUCAGCCAACUGGAGUCCAAUCAAUGAGAUGAGAUUGGAGGUGUUGGUUACAGCUGCCUUGCCCUAUAAAAGACACACACCAAUUUUGGGUUUGCUUUUCACAAGAAGCAUUGCCUGAUGUGAAUGGUGCCUUGCACAAAAGAGCUCUCAGAAGACCUACGAUUAAGAAUUGUUGACUUGCAUAAAGCUGGAAAGGGUUAUAAAAGUAUCUCCAAAAGCCUUGCUGUUCAUCAGUCCACGGUAAGACAAAUUGUCUAUAAAUGGAGAAAGUUCAGCACUGCUGUUACUCUCCCUAGGAGUGGCUGUCCUGUAAAGAUGACUGCAAGAGCACAGCGCAGACUACUCAAUGAGGUGAAGAAGAAUCAUAGAGUGCCAGCUACAGACUUACAAAAGUCACUGGCAAAUGCUAACAUCCCUGUUAGCAAAUCUACAAUACGUAAAACACUAAACAAGAAUGGACUUCAUGGGAGGAUAACACAGAGGAAGCCACUGCUGUCCAAACAAAACAUUGCUGCACGUUUACAGUUUGCACAAGAGCACUUGGAUGUUCCACAGCAGAACUGGCAAGAUAUUCUGUGGACAGAUGAAACCAAAGUUGAGUUGUUUGGAAGAAACACACAACACUGUGUUGCGAAAAAAAGGCACAGCACACCAACAUCAAAACCUCUUCCCAACUGUGAAGUAUGGUGGUGGGGGCAUCAUGGUUUGGGGCUGCUUUUUUAGCUGCGUCAGGGCCUGGAUGGAUUGCUAUCAUCGAAGGAAAAAUGAAUUCCCAAGUUUAUCAAGACAUUUUGCAGAUGAACUUAAGGCCAUCUGUCUACCAGCUGAAGCUCAAAAGAAGAUGGGUGUUGCAACAGGACAAUGACCCAAAUCAUAGAAGUAAAUCAACAACAUAAUGGCUUAAACAGAAGAAAAUACACCUUCUAAAGUGGCCCAGUCAGAGUCCUGACCUCAACACGAUUGAGAUGCUGUGGCAUGACCUCAAGAAAGCGAUUCACACUGGACGUCCCAAGAAUAUUGCUGAACUGAAACAGUUCUGUAAAGAGGAAUGGUCAAGAAUUACUCCUGAUCGUUGUGCACGUCUGAUCUGCAACUACAGGAAAUGUUUGGUUGAAGUUAUUGCUACCAAAGAAGGUUCAACCAGUUAUUACAUCCAAGGGUUCACAUACUUUUUCCACCUGCACUGUGAAUGUUUACAUGGUGUGUUCAAUAAAAACAUGGCAACAUUUCAUUCUUUGUGUGUUAUUAGUUUAAGCAGACUGUGAUUGUCUAUUGUUGUGACUUAGAUGAUGAUCAGAUCACAUUUUAUGACCAAUUUGUGCAGAAAUCCAUAGCAUUCCAAAGGGUUCACAUACUUUUUCUUGCAACUGUAUUUUAAAAUGGCUUCACUCCUUACAAUGGAAGUGCACCUCUUCGCACUAUACCUUCUCCUGCGCACUGGUGGUUUUGGUACUUGGCAGGUUCCUUUAAUGAACUGUGCUGAGCAUGUAUAUUCUCAUUACACAAACUUCCAAAGAGCUUUUUUUUUUUUUUUCUUAGUCUCUCCCUAUUUCAUUUUAUAGCUUCAGUUGCACAGUGAAAAUAUAUACAUCUGAAGUUUGGUCUUCUUAUCCAUUUGUAGGAAAGUGUAGUCUAGUUGUGUGUGUUUAUGCAAUUUGUUUGUUAAUUGGUAGCUAUUGUAAGACUAUUUAAAUUUACAUAUUUAUAUAACUAUAAGCUUUGUGAAUUUGAAUUAAAGCAUGAAUAACAAUUUUUUUUUAUCUUGUGUCCAAUUAGACUCCCGAGGAAGACUGACAUGGAAAGGUGAGUUUUCUUGCAAUUACUAUAUUAGAUCCCUUGAUAUUCAUUUAACACCCACUACAAAACUUUACAAUAUAUUCAUUUUACAAUAUCUGGUUUGCUUCUAUACUAUAUGAAUUUAUCUGACAUUUUUAUUUCAUGGUAAUCCAUCGAAUAACAUUGAGUUCAAUAAUGGUGUUGUGUCCCUAAUAAAAAUUUAAAAUUAUCCAAUACUGUAAGCCAUACUAACACCAUAGUUUAGUUAAUUGGGAGUCAUUUAAAACAUAAAUGAAAACAAUUCCAAUUUUUAACAUGUAGGCACACUUAUAAACGGCACAAUUUAUUGCCUCACAACUGUUGGUUAAAGGAACACUCAACUGCCCAAAAACAACAUUUGAACCAAAAAGUCCUCCCUUUCUAACCCAGCCCAAACCUUUUGUGGCUGUCCAGUCACGGAUUCCAAAGCAGCUUAAUGAGAAGUCUCUCCAAGGCAGGUGGUCUGAGCCAUUGACUGUAUCUUGAGUUUAGCUCCAGUGAGCUAAACAAUCAGGAAGUAACAUGACUGGUUGUCUGACCAGGUUAAUUCAUAAAAGUGUCAUUUUCUAUUGAAAUUGUACUUUUUGUAAAAUAGAGAGAAAAUGCGUAAACACUCCUGAAACAAAAAAUACUUCAGCAAGCUAAAGUGCUUUAGUGGUCUGGAGUGUCAGCUUAACGGUGCCCUAAUAGGUGUGGGGGUUUUUUUGUGCACUGGAAAAUUGUCAUAUAAAAUUUACCUUUGCAGCUAUUAGAGUGCAUUAAUAUUUGCAUGCAUAGAAGCACUGCUAAUUCGUUUUAUUUAAAAAAAAUACUAGUUCUUGGAUUGUUUUGAUUCUUUCUAAAUUAUCUUUUUUGAGAAGUAUUUUAUUUCCUUGUGUGUGUGGGUGAAAUGUCAUAUCUAUCAUCCACCCCCAUUCAUUUGUAACACCAAUUGAUCUUCUGAUAAUGGUGAUGCAGCAGUGAGAGGUACAGGUAAGUAACACCUACAGCCUUGAAAAGCAAUUAAAUAUAUAAUUUAGGGUUUAAAAUAUCAACUCCUACGUUGCUAACUAGACAUUAAAGGGACAUUAGAAUCGCCAAAAUAACUUUAGGUUAUUGAAGCAGUUUUGGUGUAUAGAUAAUGUCCCUGCAGUCUCACUGCUCAAUUCUAUGCCAUUUAGGAGUUAUAUCACUUUUGUUUCAGUUUAUGCAGCCCUAAAUUAAACGUAAUUUGCAAUAAAGGAAGUGUAAACAUUAGAUGACUCUUUACAGAAAGUUUAGGCCAGGGCUGCAUAAACAAAAGUGAUUUAACUCUUAAAUGGCAGAGGAUUGACUAAGGACAAGGUCUAUGCAACAAAACAGCUUCCUUAAGGUGAAGUUGUUUGAGUGCCUAUAGUGUCCCUUUAAGUUAGUUGCAUCUGCAAGCCUGGAGAGUCCAUGGCAUAGUGAUUGGGUGAAUUUCUACACAGCAGGGCUUAAUUCUCACUUGCCAAUGCUAGUGGCAAGUGGAAAUUUUAAACUCCAAUAUAAAAUUUAUCAUAAAGAUAAAUUGUUUGCCGCUAUGGUAGCUGUUUGAGCAAAUAUUUAACCUGGCAUGACUGGUUUACUUUAAAGGGUGGGGCAGAAUUGUUUAAAAAUGAGUACUUGGUAAGAAAUUAAUUUAUCUUCACAUGUGAUAGGUGUUUGAAAGGCUUUAAAUACUUAUAUUUUUGUUUUCAGGAAGAUUGAAAUUGUUCAGUUUUCCAGCCGUACCCGUCAGCUUUUUGUCCGUCUUCUUGCAUUGGUAAAAUGGGCAAACAACGCAGGCAAAGUAGAGAAAUGUGCGGUAAGAUUUCUAAGUGUGAUUUUAUUUUCUUCUUGAAGGACUGGCCGUUUUUGAGACUAUAAUGGGGGACAAAAAUUAAAUAAGAAAAUAUAUAGUCGUCAUUUUGUGGGUGAAAUUUACAUUCUUAGAUUUGUGGGGUGCCACUUUCUCUCUAGGAUGCGGUAUGUUUGUGUGCAAGGUUUUCAGUCAACUCCAUGUUCAUAAUCGUUCUCAUUCAAUGUAUGUUGUAAUGUUUUAAAACCUUAACGGGAAGUUAAGGUGUCUGGAGGUCCUGGACACACACUCUUACCUUAAGGUAUUGUACCUCCAAUGCUGAUCUGCAUGUCCCCCAGGCAGAAUCUGGCAACUGAAUCUCAGUUUCAGUAAGUGCAGAUUGCCGCUGGGCAUGGGCGCUGCCUUUUGGCUUAGAGCGGUGGGCUGGUCCUCUAAGCCAGUCAGUAUCACUCCACUAAUCAAAACACUGGAAACAAAUCAGUGUUGUGUGACGUUAUGCUGCAUCAACCAUCACAGAAAUCCUAAGAGAUUCAGACUGGUUCUUUUUAUGAAAACCAAACUAAAUAUUUAAAUCUGUUUACCAUUUUUUCAUACGGCACUUUACAAAUUAAGUAAAACAGACAUAGGUAGGUUUACAGACAGGAUAUGCAAUGAGAUAUACUGAUACAAAAAAAAGAGUAGAGUACUCUGUCCAUGGGAUUAAUCCAUUGUCUGCAGCAACUUUUAAAAAGAACUGUGGAAGACAGCUGGUGAGCUUACAUAUUCUUAUCCUGUCUAGCAGGAGUAAAUUACUUUUUUUAACAGAGGUAUUCACAAAAAGUUUAAUUUUUAAUAAUUCAAGGAGAAUCUCAACAUUUAGGUGAUCGUAGCCAAACUGAAAAGAUAGCUGAGAGGUUUUUCAGUUAGCCGUUGUAGCAUAGAAGUUGAAAAUCAAUUGAAUUCCAGUUAAGUUGUCCACAUUUCACACUUCAGUGAGUAACACUGCUAGUCCUAUGUAACAGAGAGGUACAAUUUGUUAUGAUUUGUGAAUUAUGUUUAGUUUUAAAUGUAUGUAUUUUAUUUUGUAGAUGAUAUCAAACUUUCUUGAUCAACAAACCAUAUUGUUUGUGGAUACCGCUGAUCGACUUGCAUCUUUAGCCAGAGAUGCCCUGGUGCAUGCUCGUCUUCCUAGUUUUGCAAUUACAUAUGCUAUUGAUGUGUUAACAACAGGAUCCUACCCACGGUUGCCGACCUGUAUCAGGGUAAGCAUUCUUCUCUUUUGACUGGUGGAAAAUAAACUUCUAUUGUGAUUUGUGGGUUUUAUUUUAUAUUUUGCUCUUUUGGUAAGUUAAAAAAAUCUGUUAUGACUGCUUACUAUUAAAGAAAAGGUAGUCAACCUAUGUAGUGCCAGGAUUAACACUGUUAUAGAUCGUAUAUCCAAUACAUUUCAAGGUACUAGGAAGAGACUCCCACUUGAAGGCUGCAUAGCUUAGGUUACCAUCCAUUUUUAUGUCCUACUUGGUAAGAUGUGUGGCUAACAUUUUGAGUCCUGUUCCUUUUCCUUAAUCACUUCCAAUCUUGGGCUGUUUCUAUUUCUUACAGUCCCCUAGCAAAUGAGUUGGAAACUAUAUCCAAACUGGUUAAUUUGGAUACUAUUUUCUACAAAUACAAAAAGGUCUGUGGAUCAUUUCAUGGAUCUUCCAUAAACCUUCUGCUUGUACUCUUGCACAAAGAGUAGAACAGUGUCACAACUUGUGGUGCAAAGGUCCCACCGAUGAUAGUGCCACAUUUUUGUUCUGUUUCGUUGUGGAGAGCUUGGUAUACACAUUCUUGCUCCAUGUGAUGCAGACAUGCCUGCCCUCUUAAAGUAGCCUGUUCUGACAUGAUCAUCUUCAUGUGUAACGGCUCAUGUAAUGGCAAUUUGUAAAUAUAAAUUAUGUUCGCUUUAGGAGCUGUUAAAGUCUUUCUUUCUACUGUUCCAGCAAUUUCAUGUUUGUAGGUCAGUGAAUAGUGUAACCACCUUGUUCUCACCCCUUUAUAAUGAGGUUGACCCUGCAUGUGACUCCUUUUUAAACAGGACACAUCUCUCUAAUCAUUGCAGCACACUGGAACCACAUUGGUGUGUGUGAAGUUCCUAUGUUCUCCCAACAAACACUAAUGGAAUAUCAUGCCGACUGAGAGCAGGAGAACAGUCUGUAGGAAAAGUCUCCUGCUCCCCCCUGUCAUUUAAUUGUCAACAUCGACUUAUGCUUUUGGCAUAGAAGUAUUGGUUAGGAAUGUUAUCACACACCUGUGUGAUAGAUUUUGCUCAUGUUCUCAUUGAGAAUUUUCCAUUUGUUUUUUUUCACUGCAUUAAUUAAAUUAUUUCAUUUUACAAAGGAUAAAAUAAUACCUCCUGAUCCCAUAACCAAAAGCGAGAAGCAAACAACACUGCAUCAACUCAAUCAGAUCCUCCGGCAUCGACUGGUGACUACUGAUCUUCCCCCACAGCUUGCAAAUCUCACAGUUGGUAUGUUUUAUGUUCAGAUUUUCUUCUACAUUAAAAUCAAUUCAUUAUUAUAUAUUUGAGUGGGUUUUUUUUUAAGUUGCAUCUGGUCAGACUCAUGAAAAUAUUUCCAUUAACUAGUUUCUCAACUUUUGUCUAUUAAUUUAUUUGGCAAUUAAAUAUUGAUUACCGUUUUAAUUUAAUGCAGCCAACGGCAGAGUAAAAUUUCGCGUUGAAGGGGAAUUUGAAGCCACUUUGACUGUGAUGGGAGAUGAUCCUGACAUCCCUUGGCGUCUCCUGAAAUUAGAAAUACUGGUGGAAGAUAAAGAAACUGGAGGUAAAUACGUGAAAAUGUGAUUUUGGAAUUGCUUAUUCGGGUCUCUUAUGGUGACCUGAAAAACAAGUGUGGCUUAGUAACCACAGUUUGUCUCCCUGUUGAUUGGUGAAAGCAGACUAAAAGAUCUGCCUCUACUGGCAUCCUUGUUGCAUAUUUUUGGAUUUAAUUAUUUUUCCUCUCCCUACCACUGCUGUUCAAUGCUAUUGAUGAUUAGGCGUUAGAGAUGUAAGGGCUUCAGUAACAUUGGUGUUAAUAAUGUGGAAGUAGGCUGUCGCUUCAUGAAAUGAGGUGUGAAAUGGCAGCAGCAUUUGUGUGUACAUGUAUGUGUGUAACUGUUUCAGGGACUGGCCAGUUAUAUAAGUUCAUGAUAUACCUGUGUGUUAUGAAAGUGACUGAUGUGGCAUGAUUGUAAGUGUGGGUAAUUUGGUAUAGGAGAGUAUGGCUUACUGUGUGUGUCACAAAUGAAGUUUGCCUGGCUUAUAGAAAAAACAUGUUAAAACAAUGAAAUUUGGCAUUUUACAUGUAGAACAGUUUUUUUUUUUUUUUUUCUAUUUAAAAAUUAAAAUAAAUUUUAUUUCAUGGUUCAUGCUCCUUGACGCUAUUUGAAGAGCCCAGAGGUUGCUUCAGAAUAAGAUUAAUUUAUUUAAAUUAACUGCAUAGAAAAUGUUGAUUGUUGGCCCUAAUCUGCAUGUGUUUCUUGAUUACAAAUACAUUUGGUAAACACUCUGCUAUAUGAUGUGUAUGUUUGACUGGGCUCCUUGAAAGCUCUUAACCAGUCAUUAGCAUUGUGAUGAUAUAGAUCUGCACAUCUAUAUAUGGACUGCCAAGGUCUUUUAUAUUUUGGACAAAAUACUCUUUGAGAAUUUAUUGAAAACAUUGACAUACAAAAAAGUAGAUGUAUGGAUCAAUUCUUGGACUCAUGCAUAAUUUCUUUCUUUGACUUGUGUUUUUUUACACAAAAUUCUAUUAUUGUUUUAGAUGGUCGUGCGUUGGUUCACAGCAUGCAGAUCAAUUUUAUUCACCAGUUGGUCCAAUCAAGGCUUUUUGCGGACGAGAAACCACUUCAGGACAUGUAUACCUGUUUGCGUAUCCUUUUAGUUUUCAAACCUGGUUUUCAUUUUUUAGGAUCAUGAAAGUACAUUUGCUUGCUUAGAAGUUUUUCAAAAAGUAUAAUCUUGUUACUCAACACAUUUCAGUAAGGAUAUUUGAAAAGUGUAGAUUGUCAUUCUUAAUUUUUUUUAUUUUUUUAUUAUUUUUUUUAAACCUUAAAAGUUCCUCUGACCACCAUGUCCUCUACAACUUAUUAGGGGUUAUGGUACAAAGAAUCUUCAGCAUCUUCUUACUAGUUAGUAUCAAAUGUUUUACCAAAACCUUGGGCUCUCUAAGCCUAUUAUUGUUGUGCAAAGGUAGACUAUGUAUUCGGAAGUGUAAAAAAUAGCUUGGCAGCAACUUGAGCUGUAAUAGUUAUGGAGCUUUUAGACUAUUCCUAUAAUCUGAUGGUAAUCUAUGAUUAAAUAUAGAUGUUAAUGUAUAUCUUGUUAUAGGUAACUAAGCCUUACGGCUGGCUAGGUCUUCCCUCGGAUGCAAUGCAGAAUUUACAUUUUUGAGAUACUUUUUGGGUUAUUUAUGAAAAGCAAAUAUGGGGAUAAAAAUCACUGCUUGUUUUUUUGAGCGGUGACCAAGUGUUACCCUUUGUAUGUUUUUGUUUCUUUCUCUAUAUGUUAAGCAUUAUUGCUUGUUGGAAUUCCAAGUGCGAUUGUUCCCUUGACCUUAUUUCAAUAUAGAUUCCUUCUGCCUAUCGCUUCAGCUGGAAGUCCUUCAUUCACAGACCCUCAUGCUAAUUAGAGAACGAUGGGGUGAUCUAGUACAGGUAGAACGGUACAUUACAGGAAAAUAUCUCACGCUCGCGGUUUGGAAGUAAGUAACACUAUUACAAUGUAUUAUCUACAUUAGUGUACAAUAUUAUCAGAUUACCUAGUAUUUGUGACUAAACCUUGUUGUGUUUUGGAUUAUGCUAGCUGAAGUUUCCUGCCGUUUGACUAGCCCAAUGUGUAGAUGAAAUUGUACGCUCUUUUAAAGUAACACUUUAUUAUUUUAGCCAUGUAUAUUGUGCGCCAAUAUUUUGAGGGUUUUUUUUGGGGGGUUUUUUUUAAAGGCGAUUGCAGGGAAACUUCUAAAAGUGAAGCAUAUACAAUAGAAACCAGUGGAAAUCUUCCACCUUUAGAACCUUGCUCCAGAAGCAUUGUGUGUUUCAGCCAAUGAGGAUAUUUAACUGCCCAGCAUCUCUCAAUGUCAGCUUAUACCAUCAGCUGAUAGAUCAAUGUACAGCUCCAACUCAUUGGCUGCAAGCAUUCUUCAUUGUAUUAAUGGCAUUCUUAGUAUAACUCUUGUGUCUAUUAAAGAAAUUAAACAAUUCCCCACAUUAAAUAAUUUGCACAUUAGGGAGAAGAUGGUCAGUGCUUUCAGUAAGUAAUAUUUAACAUGUAGGUAAAAGGUGGAGAGCUAUGACCAAUAUUUUAGAAUGCCCUUUUAACACAAGCUGAAGAAGUUUUGUUAGUGAGAUAAGUCAAGAUUAGUUAAAUUAGUACCUCUGCUAGACUGCAGUUAAUUGUGAAAAAUCUAACAUGCUAUAUUCUGCACCAUUCCAUACAUGCAUCCAUACAUUGCUAUGACAGGCUUAAACUAUGCAACUGACUUGAGUAUCCCUGGCAUAUAUUUUAUACGGCUUAAUAAAAAAAAAAAAUUAUGUAAAAAACAUUUUUCUUGCCGUUGCAGCCAGCAGGUACUGGGAAGGAAAACCGGAACUGCAUCUGUCCAUAAAGUUACAAUAAAGAUUGAUGAGAACGAUGGUUCAAAACCUCUCCAAAUUUCCCAUGAUCCUCCUCUCCCAGUAUGUGAUUCUAAAUUAAUGGAAAGAGCUAUGCGGGUAAGGACUAAACCAUUAUAAAACUAAUUAUCAUGCAUGCCUUCUUACAUUGACAUUGUUUGGUUAUUCCUUUUUAUUUUUUUAAUUUAUCACAAUUUUUAAUUUAAGAGUGUUUUUUUUUUUGUUUUUUUUUCCCCUCUCUAUUAAAGAUUGACCACUUAUCAAUUGAAAAACUGCUUAUAGACAGUGUACAUGCCCGAUCACAUCAGAAAUUGCAAGAACUGAAAUCCAUUUUAAAGAGUUUCAAUCCCAACGACAAUUGUAAGUACUUUGUAUCCACACAUUAUUCAGGAGUUCAUGGGAAAUGUAUUUAUAUAUUAAAAGAAAAAACUACAGUGAAAACUAAUUAUUGUGAUGUAGCUUCCAUUAUUUUGUAAUAUAUCACAUUUUGUUUUCUCCAAUAAACAAAGCAAUCAUGUAUCUCAUAGAAGGUAGAGAGCCAGCGGUUAGUGAGGAUUGUUAUAAAAUGCACACAUACUUCUAGUUUGCUUUUGCUAAUUAGUUCAGCUGUAAUUAUCAUAAUGCUGGGAAACUUGCACAUAUACGCUUCUGAACUUAAGUUGGUAUUGAUGCUUGAACCGUAAACUUAACUUUGAAAACAAACAAACAAAUAUUACAAUGAAUAAUGUAUUGGUCUAAAAUAAUAUGGCUUUCCUUGAUUCAGAAUAUAUAUUUUUGGUUUCACAGUGGCUUUAUUUUAUAUUUACUGGUUUGUUUUUUUUACUCAGCCUUUGUGGAAACUGCUCUUCCAACUCUUGUCAUUCCUAUUCUGGAGCCCUGUGGUCGCUCUGAGUGUCUUCAUGUGUUCGUAGAUCUCCAUUCCGGAAUGUUCCAGCUCAUGUUGUAUGGAUUUGGUAAGUCAGUAUGCUUAAUUGUUGCUUGACAUUACCCCUUGACUUCACUCAAUGCACAUGUAUGCCGGCAAAAAAAUGUAAUCUGUGGAAAGUGACUACCUACUAGACCAUUAUUCAAUUUCAUGAAGGUCCUGUGGGUAGGACUGAAAGAUUUGAUAUUUUUAUUAUACAAAAUAACUUUUUCGUCCAUAUACAUGCCUCUUUAAUAAUUUUAUUUAUUUAUAAAAUAUUUUACCAGGAUGGGAUACAUUGAGAUUUCUCUCCUUUUCAAGUAUGUCCUGGGUCCACAAAACAUUGCAUUGUUACAAUAGGAUUCAAUAUUACAAAAAUACAAUAUACAAACUAUACAUAUGCACACAUAUAUAAAAUUAAUACAUAACAGGUAAUAAAUCCAUUCAACCAUGACAGGUGCAUUCUGUGCUGAGGUAUAUUGCCAUAGAUCUCUUAAAAGAUUUUAGAUUGAAUGAAGAUUUGACUGUGUCUUUGGGGUUAUUCCAUAAUUGCGGUGCUCUGUAGGAAAAUGAGGAUCAAGCCACUUUAUUUUUGUAUUGCGGCAUGCUAAAUAUCGUGCUAUUACUGAAUCGGAGGUUAUAGGAGGUGGGAAUAGAUGGGGACAGCAAAUUUUGCUCAGGUAGGGUGGGAGCUUCCCAGAAAUGCUCUUAUGCACAAUGCUGGAAAGAUGAAGUUUAUUAAGGUGGGUUUGCAGUGCGGCUGCAUACACUACAACCCCAUAAUCAAUGACCGGCAUUAGCAUUUGUUGCACCUGUUGCAUCUGUUUCCUUACUGUAGUGCUUAGGCAGGAUUUGUUUCUGUACAGGGCACCUAGUUUUGAGUAAAGUUUUGAAGAGAUUUUUUCAAUGUGAAGGCCAAAGGAUAGAUUGGGAUCUAGCAACAUACCUAGAUAUUUAAAAGAGCAGACUGCUGUCAGUGUGUCAUUUGAAUGUGUUCUGAUUCACAAUUGUUGAUUUUGUAGUUUAUGUAUUUUAGGUACAGUUCUAAAGAUCAUUUGUGACAUUUUGUCAGUGUUUAGGAAGAGUUUAUUAUCCGCUAUCCACUUUUCUACCUCUAUGAAUUGGUUUUGGAGCACAGCCUCAAGCUGCGGUAGCUUGGGUUUACUAGCGUAGAUUAGUGUUGUCUGCAUACAUGUGUAUAGUUGAGGAUUUGCAGGUGUUAGGCAGAUCUUUUAUAAAUAAUGUGAAUAGUAGGGGGUCGUGUAUGGAGCUUUGGGGAACACCACAUGUGACUGGAAGAGGGAGGAAAGCACUUUCAGAAAUGGCCACAUAUUGCAAUCGGUCUGAAACAUACGAUCGAAACCAGGUUAGCGGACGAUCCCUAAUGCCUGAGUUUUUAAGUUUUUUGCAAAAGAAUGCCAUGGUCUACUGUGUCAAACUGCCUUGGAAAAUUAAGGAAAAUAGAUCCAGUUAAGUCUCAUUGUUCCAUGCCAAUUUGGAUGUCAUUGCAAACUUUUAAGAGGGCAGUCAAAGUUGAGUGAUUUGGACGAAAGCUUGAUUGAUCAGGGGUCAGAUAAUUUGAUCGUUGAUAAUAUUCACAUAAUUGCUUGUGGACGCAUUUUUCUAAGAUUUUUGACAAUCCCGGGAGCAAUGAUAUCAGGCGAUAGUUAGAUAACAAAGUAUUGUCACCACUUUUAUGGCUAGGUACAACUUUUGCAGUCUUCCAAAGUUUGGGCAUGUAUCCUGACACCAGGGAUUCAUUGAUAACGGUAGUGACAGGUUUAGCAAUUGCUGACACACUGAGAUUCAGCAGCAUUGCUGGGGUUUAAUCUGGUCCUAAUUGAUUUUUCAUUUUUAAAUUAAGGUGUUUAUUAACGACACUAACAGGCACAGGUCUAAAAUUUAAUUUCUCUAUAUGAGGAUUUUGAAGAUUUGGCUGGGCCUGAUCUUUAUUUGCGGUCUGAAAAUGAAUGUCAUUUGUUAUUUUAGCAACCAGGGAGGUAACACAUCCAACAAAAUAAUUAUUAAAGGCAUUUGUUACAUAUAGGGGGUGUUGCAGUGUUUGGUUGUCCAUUUUGACAGUGGAGGGUUGGGAGUGGAUUGUGGGGGUUUGUAUGCUAUUUAUGAUUUCCCAGAAGGUUCUUGGGUUUGAUAGGUUGUUGAGUAUUGGGCCUUUGCCAUUGUCUGUAAGUACAGUGAUCGUUCAUGGAGCCAGUAUGCUUGAACUUUGACCACAGUGAAUCUCUAAACUGGUACAUUUGAAUGAGGUCAGCUGUAACCCAGGGAAGGUGUGUCCCUUUUAGUCGCACUUUAUUGCAGUUCCAGAUUGUAUGUUAGUUGCUAGGCGUUGUGCACCUUGGGCAAAGAAACACAGCGCUGCUAGUUUUAUUUUAUUUUAUUUUACAUAUGUAUUUAAAACUAGUUUCUGUAGCUACUGCAAGCUCUACCAUUCUUCCAUGGUCAGGGAGAUGGUACAAUAUAUAAAAGCUGAUUUCUAUUGGGUGGAAAAUGGGGGUACGCCGCAGGCUUAAGUGCUUUGUGUUUGGAGUGUUUAAUGUAGUAGUAUUUAUGUGGUUUUAUUUCAACAAAUAUUAAUCACUGAGCUUGUCCUUGUUAGUAGCUGUAAAGAAUUACUUUUUAGUGAUAGAACUUUUUUUUUUUUUUUUCUGCCUUUUAGACCAAGUCACAUUGGAAGAUAUAGAAAAAUCCAUUAAUGAUGACAUGAAACGAAUCAUUCCUUGGCUCCAGCAACUCAAGUAAGUUACUCUGGAAUGGUAUUGCCUUUUACCAUAUCGUAAUCUUUAGCAAUAGUGUAAAGUGCUUACUGGGUUCUGGUUUCUGAUUCAGCCUUCAGGGGCACUUAUUCAGAAUAAACAAGCUGUUUGUUGAUUACAUUGCUUUAUAUUUUUGCUUCAAGGUUUUGGCUCGGACAACAGCGUUGUAAGCAUUCGGUAAAGCAUCUACCCACUGUCUGCAGUGAAACCAUACAUUUGACAAAUUAUGCCACUCAUCCAGUUAACAAUCUGUCCAGACACAAGCUGUUUAUAAAGCUCACUCGUCUUCCUCAGUAUUACAUAGUAAGUGACUUAAACAUGGUAAGAAGAAAACCAAAAAAGUUGCUGACAAACUUAGAUUCUCAUUUAUUAAAAGAGAGUAAGUAGAUUGGUUUCCAUGGUGUAUUAGUAAACUGUGUAUCUUUAUAUAUGUGUGUUAUAGUGCUACAGUUCAUAUCGGGCUUUUGCCAAUGGAUGCUUUUACUUUAUUAAAAUAAUAAAUAUAUAUAUAUAUAUAUAUAUAUAUAUUUUUUUUUUUUUUUUUUUUAAAUGCUAUAAAUAUUCACUGCAUUUCCCCUCAUACAUUCAGUUUUCCUUUUUUCAAUUUUGAAACAGUGUUUGGCUAUAUUUCCCCAGUCCUUUGCAUUGCCUGUUUUUGUAUGAAUUUAUACACAGAAUAAAAAUUAUAAACGCAACACUUUUUUUGUUUUUGCUCCCAUUUUUCAUGAGCUGAACUCAGAUCGAAGACUUUAUCUAUGUACAUAAAAGGCCUAUUUCUCUCAAAUACGCUGGCCACAAUAAAAGGCCACUCUAAAAUGUGCAGUUUUAUCACACCGCACAAUGCCACAGAUGUCGCAAGAUUUGAGGGAGUGUGCAAUUGACAUGCUGACUGCAGGAAUGUCCUACAGAGCUGUUGUCCGUAAACUGAAUGCUCAUUUAUCUACCAUAAGCCAUCUCCAAAGGUGUUUUCAGAGAAUUUGGCAGUACAUCCAACCGGCCUCACAACUACAGACCACGUGUAACCACACCAGCCCAGGACCUCCACAUGCAGCAUCUUCACCUCCAAGAUCGUCUGAGACCAGCCACCCGGACAGCUGCUGCAACAAUAGUUAUGCAUAACCAAAGAAUUUCUGCACAAACCGUCUCAGGAUAGUUCAUCUGCAUGACAUACCAUGACAAGAUCCUGAGGCCCAUUUUUGUGCCAUUCAUCCACAAGCAUCACCUCAUGUUGCAGCAUGAUCUGUACGCAAUUCCUGGAAGCUGAAAACAUCCCAGUUCUUGCAUGGCCCGCAUACUCACCGGACAUGUCACCCAUUGAGCAUGUUUGGGAUGCUCUGGAUUGUCGUAUAUGACAGCGUUUUCCAGGUCCUGCCAAUAUCCAGCAACUUCGCACAGUCAUUGAAGAGGAGUGGACCAAUAUUCCACAGGCCACAAUCAACAACCUGAUCAACUCUAUGCGAAGGAGAUAUGUUGCACUGCAUGAGGCAAAUGAUGGUCACACCAUAUACAGACUGGUUUACGGUCCCCUGCCCGGACACUCCCAAUACAGUAAAACUACACAUUUUAGAGUGGCCUUUUAUCGUGGCCUUAGACAAAAUCACCUUCCUUCCAGUCUAAAUGCGUGACCUUGUGUCCUAUGUAUAGCCUUGUUUAUGAAUAGAUUUCCAGAAAAUUUUUGCACUGGCCCCGAUUAUAUUUUUAGAAUGUUAUCAUAUCCCCUGUGAGGCGCCGUUUUUCCAAACUAAAGAGACUUACAUUUUUUAACUUUUCUUCGUAACUAAAAUGCUCCGUUCCUUUAUUCAAUUUUGUAGUUCGUCUUUGCACGUUUUCUAGUGCCGUGAUAUCCUUCUUUAGAACAGGUGCCCAAAAUUGCACAGCAUAUUCAAGGUGUGGUCUUACCAGCGAUUUAUAAAGAAGCAAAAUUAUAUUUUCAUCUCAAGAAUUUAUGCCCCUAUUUAUACAUGACAAAACCUUACUGGCCUUAGCAACUGCAGAUUGACAUUGCAUAUUGCUGCCUAACUUGUUGUCUAUAACAAUUCCCAAAUCCUUCUCGUGCGUGGUUACCCCUAAUUCACUACCAUUUAGGGUGUAAGGUGCUUGUGCAUUCUUGACCCCGAAGUGCAUAACUUUGCAUUUCUCUACAUUAAAUUUCAUCUUCCAUUUUAGUACCCAGUUCCACAAUCUAUUUAAAUCCCUCUGCAGCAAAGCAAUAUCCUGCUCACAAUUUUUUACUUUACAAACUUUUGUAUCAUCUGCAAACACUGAAACAUGACUUUCAAUGCAUAUUGAUAAUGUAUAGAUGUUAAAUAGAAGCUGUCCCAAAACAGAAUUCGAGCGACACCAAUUACCACUUUUGUCCAGCCUGAAAAUGUACCAUUAAUGACAACUCGCUGUACUCUAUCCUUAAGCCAAUGUUCUACCUAAGAACAAGAAUAUUCAUCUCGACCAAUUUCUUUAACUUUGAAGACUAACCUAUUGUGAGGAAGUAUCAAAUGCCUUGGCAAAAUCUAAGUAGAUCACAUCCACUGCAACACCCUGAUCUAUACUUCCACUUACUUCUUCGUAGAAUAUAAUUAGGUUAGUUUGACAUGACCUAUGUUUCAUAAAACCAUGCUGAUUAUUGUUAAUAUCAAAGUCCUUCCUAAUGAAUUCCUGAAUAUUAUCCCUUCAAAUAUUUUCCCAGUCACAGAAGUUAAGCUCACAGGCCUAUAAUUUCCAGGCAAGGAUUUUGAACCCUUUUUAAAUAUAGGAACGACAUCUGCCUUCCUCUAAUCCUCUGGUACAAUACCCGAAACAAAAGAAUCUUGCAAGAUUAUAUAUAUUUUUUUUUAUUUCCCUCUUAGCUCCUUAAGUAUUCAUUGGUGAAUACUGUCUUUUCUUUAACUGCUGUAGCAUCUUGUCUCGAGUCAUCAAAUCACAAGUUAUCUGCAAGUGUUUUGCCGCAAUCGUUUACAAAUAUCUUGCCAUAGGAUCCUCAUUAAUAUAUACUGAAGAAAAAUCGUUAUUUACAAUUUCUGCCUAUUCCUGGUCUUCAUUAACUAACAGACUUGUGAAGAAUAUUUGAGAGAAAUAGGCUUUUUGGGUACAAAGAAAAAGUCUUCGAUCUGUGAGUUCAGCUCAUGAAAAAUGGGGGCAAAAACUAAAGUGUUGCGUUUAUAAUUUUGUUCAGUGUAGAUGUAAAUUAGAAAUGUGCCCAUUAUAAUUUUCAAACAGAUUGCUUUUCUUAAUGGAUUAUCAGUGUUUUACUAACAAAAACGUGAAGGAUAAUUGUCACCACUGUUUGUGGUCAUGUCCCCUGCAUAUUGCAGCAGAAGGAGAUCACAUAAUUCACAAUAUGCACAGAAGUCCAAGGUAUUUGAAGCACUGGUAUGCUUCAAGGGGAGAUGUGGAUGUCUCCUUUAUAGCCACUGCUCUGCUGGAAGGGAAUUGAGUGGGGAUCUUGCAUCAAGUGAUUGCAGCAGGGGAUGAUGAGAUGAGCAGUUAAUGAUAUUUAUCAUUGAUUUGUUUAGUGUUUAAAUAUAUAAUGCUUCUCUUCCGAAUUGUAAACCAGAGACAUCUCAAUGUAUCCACUGUAAGUAAAACGCCUUAAAAACAAAUACACGAUAAUGCAUUUAUUAAUUUAAAAUAUCUUUUCAUUCUGCAGGUAGUUGAGAUGUUUGAUGUUGCUGGCAAUCCCACAGAGUUGGAAUACACAUACCAUUUCCUCUCUGUUAGCCACCCAGAUGGAGAAGAUAAUCCCCCAACUGCCCUUGUACUUCAAAGGUUCAAACCAAAUAUUGAGGAACUGGCUGUUGAUGGAACAUGCCGAAAGCAAGCAAGAGCUGGCUCUAAGCGCAAGGUAAUUAAAUGAUUAUUCUUCCUUCAUAUUUGCAUGAGCAUUUACUGUGGUAUCAUUUUAAAUGUUCAGGUGAGCUAUUUACUGGUUCGAUCUUUAAAAGGUCACAAACUUUUGCACCUAGGUAAAAGAAAAAAGUUACGACUUCCUGAACUCCCUUACUCAGGAGUGGCUACAACUUGCAGUUGUUUUAGAACUACAGCUCCUUUGAUAUUUUGAAUUGUCUUCCUACUUUACUAUAUCCUGGUUGUUGUAACACUACAACUUGUUGGGUUCGCUCUUCUCUAAGUAAUGAUCAGAUGUCCUCAUUCAGUUGCUUACUACAGGAAGGGUAUAUCCUUUGUGAAUGAACCUCCUCCAGCAGUGCACAGCCUGAUGUAGGGUCACAAAGAGAUCCUACACUUUUUACUGAAAAAGCCCACAAGAAGUGUAAUUAAGUCCUAGUUUAAAGGUAAUCCAGGCCUGGGGUCCCUGCUCCCUGUACCUAGAGAGGUAUUACCUCAGCAACUCCCUGAUAAGACACAAGAAUUCUGGAAUAAUUGCUUGGCGUUGCUGUAUCUCUUGUGCACAGAGCACUUGCCAUCAUUUUAGUACUGGGUGAGAUCAGUCUGAAAUGCAAAUAGUGUAGGUUUUCUAUGUAAUAAAAACAUGUUUAAGACCCAAGUGGUGAGUACCAGAAGAACAAACUAUUACGUUUUUGAUUGUUUUCAGUGUUUUUUACCCGCUGUCUAUAAACAAAUAUUAUUCCAUCUUGAAGAAAUUGUGGUUUUCUUUAUUUCCAGCUUUCUGGUGAACAGGGCUCACCAGAAUCCAAGAAGCCGAAACGGACAGGGGAAAUGUGUGCCUUCAAUAAAGUUCUUGCUCACUUUGUGGCCAUGUGUGACUCGAACAUGCCAUUCAUUGGCCUUCGUAUGGAGGUGAGUAGUUUAAACGCUUCACAUUGACAUCAGAUAUGCUCAUUGUGAUUUAAACAGCAAUUUAUCAAACACUCAUAAGUAACAAAUCCACUUGAAGCCGGAGGUACAGGUAUGCGCAUUUAUUAAGAUUAUGACCCUCAUCCAAAUGCACUUCCACAUCACAACACAAAAAUAUGUUUACCCCCCCCACCUGCAUGAUAUCUAAUAAUGUAGUGCAAAUGACCAUACACCUUUCACUGAAGAUUAAAUAAUUGUGAUUGAAAUUUAAUUGCCAUUGUUUCACUGGAAUGUUUGUAUAUUCAGUGUUACCAGUAAAUAUUCAGCAAAUUGGUAAGGUCAGAAUUUCUGUUAACAAAGCAUAUUUGAAUUUUCUGUACUUUGAGGGGUCUUAUUUAUUUAUGUAUUUUUAAUUAAUACUUUUUUUUUUUUUUUUACAUCCCUUUAGUUGUCCAACAUGGAAAUUCCACACCAGGGUGUUCAAAUAGAAGGUGAUGGUUUCAGCCAUGCUAUUAGAAUAUUGAGGUAAUUACAUUUUAUUUUUGCUUUGUUUAAGUAAUUAAAGUACCAAACAUUUGUCAUUAUUGUUUUGGCAUCUUGUGCAGUCUCUUUUCAAGAGGAAUGUCUUUGAGGAAAGAUCAUAAAUCUAGUUUCAGUUCUUAAUUUUUUUAUUUAUUUUUUUUAAAUCAGCUGCUGUUUUUUUCACUUUAUUUGAGGCUUGGGUUUCUGCAAUGACUGCAUAAUAAAGGGAAUGUAGAGACACCGUGAAAAAGUCACUCAAAACACCCAUCCUACUCUUGGCAGUCUUUGCGUCCCUUCAUAGUAAUGCAAAGCGUGAUUCUUCCUCCUCACCAUAAAGCUCAACUUCAUUUAAGGAUAUGUAAUGCUGCAACCUAGAUCCGGUUUUAUUUUAUAUAUCCAUUCAUUCAUCCAUGGAGAGUCCAUGUUAAUAAAAAAAAAAAAAAGUGUGUGUGUGUAUGUGUGUGUAUAUAUAUAUAUAUAUAUAUAUAUAAUAUAAUAUAAUAUAAUAUUUUGAUUUAAUAUAUUUUCAUUUCAAUGUCCGAUUUGCAAUAUUUCUUUCUCAGUAUGGGUUUGUUUUGCAAAUUAUCGUAUGUUUGCAUUCUCUUUAAGCAAUGUUCAUGUACACUUCUUUGUUGUGUUCCCAUUUCAAGGAUACCUCCAUGUAAAGGAACGAGUGAAGAAACUCAAAAGGCACUUGAGCAGUCUCUUCUUGAUUGCACUUUCCGGCUGCAAGGCAGAAAUAACCGCACAUGGGUGGCAGAGUUGGUAUUUGCAAACUGUCCACUAAACAGUUCGGCAUCUAGGGAGCAAGGUAUCGCAUUCAGGGAGCAAGGUGUGGUGACAUUCAUUUAGUUUGCUUAUUUUUCUUGACAUCCUAACAGUCUUUGUAAAAUUAUUUUCUUUUGUCAUCUUUUAUUGCAGGUCCAACGCGGCAUGUCUACCUAACUUAUGAAAACCCGCUUUCUGAGCCAGUUGGUGGGCGAAAAGUCGUAGAAAUGUUCCUAAAUGACUGGAACAGUAUUGCUCGAUUGUAUGAGUGUGUAUUGGAAUUUUCACGCUGUUUACAAGGUACCUUUUUAAUAUGCAGCCUAAUUGUAGAGCAAAUUUUGUUUCAUUAUUAACAUUCUAAUAUGGGUUUUUAUUAUUAUUACUUAUUUGUUUAUAUUUUUUUUCUUUAAGACAUACCUCCUCACCUAAAUCUCUUUUCGGAAGUUCGUCUCUACAACUAUCGCAAGCUCAUAUUAUGUUAUGGGCCAACAAAAGGAAGCUCGGUAGGUAAAAUAAAAGUUGGAGAACCAAUAACGAUUUUUUAUUUUUCCAUACUAAUAUAAUGUUUGUAGUUCUUUGGUGAGAUUGAAACAAUCUAAUUUUAAGUAAGUCUACAUGCCGAGUCUUUAAAUAUUUAGUUCCGUACCUUCCUUUACAUUGCUCGCAUAGUUUAGUUAAAUCUGUUGUUUUAAAAUAAAUAAUGUAGCCUUAAUUAAUUAACAACUCUUGGUGUAAUUCUUGGUAAGAAUGCUAUUAAACAAAAUGCUAAUGUUUCCCAUCACUUCACUGUUCUACACACAGUGAAAACCUAUAUCUGACAAGCUAAAAAAGUAAAACAAUUCCACUAAGUUCUUGUGCAGAAUUAAUAGUUCUAGAGUGACUGAAGUAAUGCAGCACAUGCCUGAAGGCCUUUAAUACAUUAAAUGACCAUUGUUGCUUCAAAAAUGUUUUAAUAUAAUAAUCCUUUCAACAAGUUUUUUAAACAAAGCCUGUAUUAAUAAAAAAUGUGUUUCUAUGGUCUUCUGUGCAUGGACUGACGCAGGGAAGGGCAGAGACACUAGCUGUUGUUUUUCAAACACUGUCUGACCCAAGUUGUAUGUAUAUGGUUAAGGAUCCUGUCCUAUACUAAAGGAUGGGAUGAGGUUUUGUUUUUUCACUUUUUUUUAAACAUCUACUUCAUAAAAAAAAAAUCAAUUUCCUUUCAAUGCUUUAAAAAAAAAAAAAAAAUUAAAAUAAAAUAUAUAUACACACCGUAUUUACCUGAAUUUAAUGUGCACAUUUUUUUUUAUUUUUUAAAGAAACUUUAGUUUCCAAAAUUUGAAUGCUCAUUAGAUUUAAUGAUGCAUUUCCAUUUGGGGCAAAAUGUAUAAAUGCGCAUUACAUUCGACAUCAAAACUAUUUUUCAGCUUCCAUAUUUAAAAAAAAAAAAAAAAAUGUAGCUGCGCAUUAGGUGUGUUCGUCCGUACUUUAACCAGAAGAUCGUUUGCCUAUGAUGUAUGAGUUGUAGUGUUAUCUAUCCAAUUCAUGUAAACCUCAUGUAAUGUAACUUCCAUACAUUACAUUUCCCUACUGCUGCAGUGACCUAAUACACCUAUGGAGAUGUAACAGGACCUACAAAAUUCUUUAUUUGUCCCGCCAUACGGCAUACAUUUUGGUUUUCUUAACACUUUGUCUGCUCAUUGGGGAUGCUGUUCGCUUUCUUUGGUCAUGAGUGUAUAAAUACUGAUGAUGGCAGCUCCGUGAAUUUUAACCUUUUGUUAAACACAUGACAUAAAAUUGAUUGAAAUGCUUUUAUUUCAGAGGUUUCUAAUGUUUAGAAUGCUAAUAUGUCUUUAUUUGUAUUUUGACAGAUAAGCAUUCAGUGGAAUUCUAUCCACCACAAAUUUCACAUCUCACUUGGAACCACAGGCCCUUAUUCUGGCUGCAGCAACUGUCACAAUAUCAUCCUUCACCAGCUACAGGAAAUGUUUAACAAAGUACCAAAUGUUGUACAGUUAUUACAGGUAUUUUUCAAUUUCACUAAUGGCAGAUGGCCUUUCUUUUUCAUAUUAAGUAUUGCCAUACUACAACAAUACAUGAGUCUCUUAAAAAUUAACCAUGCAGUAAAUCUUUUUUAAUCCUCUUUUAAAGAGGAACGGUCGUGUCCUAAAAUUUUGCACAACCUGAUGGGCUGUUAGUUAGCAUUUUUAAAAUUUAUUUAUUCCAUUUUUAAAAAAAUGUUUUUCUAUUUUUACAUGCGUUGCCGAGUACUCUUGCAGUGUCUCAUACUUGAGUAUGUACAGUACUGCUGUAGAAAAUACACUCUUAUGGAGUGUCUGUUAAAUGCUCAAAAGCAUGGCUCAAGUAUCAAAGCGUCGUAAAGUUGCUGCUACACCUAAGUGCAGUGGAGAUAUGUUUCACUGCCUUAAAAGGACAAAUAAUUAUCUCAUGAUGUGAGCAUUGCUUGCUGUACCAUGCCACAAUUUAACAUCCUGCAACAAGUACAAGGUGGCUGAUGAAUGGAGGACUGUGCCUGUAGGGCAGCCACGGAUGAAAUCUAAUUCUCAUGAAAAAUGACUUGAAGGCACUCUAAUUAAUGAAUGGAAGAUACCAUAGCAUUUUAUCUUUUUCUGUCAUGUUGACUAGCAGCCACAAUUUAAAUGUCUGCAACUGCUGUAUAUUUUUUUGAGGAAUUAUAUUUGAACUGUAUAUUAUAUUACUGCAAUCAUGCAUCUGAUGUUGUGCAAUUAUAUACACCGUUCAGUUGCCUGGUUACCAUUAAUGUGUAUGUGAUGUCCCUUAAACCUGUUAAACUCUCUCUAAAAUCGUUAAAACAUCAUUUUUUUUUCUCCUUCUUUAAAUUUUAUGUGUCUUUCCAGGUAUUGUUUGACACUCAAUCUCCUUUAAGUGCUAUUAAUAAGCUCCCAACGGUACCGAUGCUGGGCCUCACACAGCGAAUAAACACAGCCUACCAGUGCUUUUCAAUCCUCCCACAAUCACCUACCCACAUUCGAUUGGCCUUCAGGAACAUGUAUUGUAUAGACAUUUACUGCAGAAGUCGAGGGGUGGUUGCAAUACGGGAUGGAGCUUACAGUCUCUUUGACAACAGCAAAAUAGUGGAAGGUUUUUAUCCUGCUCCUGGACUUAAGGUGGGUAAUAUGUGUACUGUAUUUAUGCAAAUGUCUCACGUAAUGUUAUAUUCUCCGUUAAAUAUGUUCUUUCACCUUGUUUAAUGUUUUUUUUUUUUUUUUUCUCAAUUUAAUAAUCUUGACAGUUCUUCACUUCAUGUUCUUUUGGAAAUUCUUUUUCAAAUGUGGUCUUUUGUAAGCCCUUUGUAGCUGCUAAAGGUAAAAUAGAUAAACUUCCAAGAAAUGUUUUCUUAGUAUCCUGCUGAAUUAGAUGUUUUAAAGGUUAUUCAAACUGUUCUCUUGCUUCAGGUUUCAUUUUCAAAAUAGACUGCAACUUAAAAAAAAAAAGUAAUUGUAAAUACUUUUAAAUAAGUGAUCCACCGGUGUUUUCUAAGGGUAUAUUUAUUUUUAUCUUCCAACAGACAUUUCUAAAUACGUUUGUCGACAGUAACCAGGAUGCUAGAAGGAGGUCGGUAAAUGAAGAUGACAAUCCUCCCUCCCCUAUAGGAGGUGAUAUGAUGGACUCCUUAAUGUCACAACUACAACAACAACAAACACAACCGGUAUGUCUACAUGUUAUGUACACUAAUACAAGUAAUGCUCCUUUAACGCCAGGGAGCCUCUGAGAUCGUCACACUUGAAGUGAAAAUAGAGAGCAAGUCCCUGGGCUCUACAUGGCCCCGAGCAGUUCAUUAUAAGGGCGUAUUUGGGCACUAAUGUUCUAGGUGAUGCUUUUCUUUCAUUAAGCAUAGGGGUAUUUGAGAUUUAAAAAAAAACCUGUGUGUACAAAUGCUUAAACGACCACUAUCAUAAAAGUUUUACUUCUCAACUUUUUUAAGCUUACUAUAUUUUUAUUUUUAUUUUUUUUAUUCUUUAUUUUUGGUGCGUAGAGAUUACAUACAAUAAGCUUGCAUCGCCACAAUAGCAGAGCAAACCAUGCAUUUUCAAACAGUUGAUAACCGUGGUAUGGUGUUUAUAUAACAUGCACACAUUUUUGUUUUAGUUAAGUAAAACUUGCUAUUCAGGUACUUUUAAGACAACUGUAAUUACGUUAGGUCACAUUGGAGGCGUAACUUGUCGAUGGUAGUGAGUAGAGAAGGUACAAUAUAGAAUGCAAUAUCAAGCAAUAAAUUAUUGCGUCUGCAAACAAGUUGUGCCUAUUGUGAGUGCCUUCCAGUGCUAUUAAAACCGGCUAGGCCAGCAUGUUGAGUAAUAACAUUUGGCCCGUGCAUGGCAGUUUAGGGAGACAUAUGUUCGGUGUGUUGAACGAGUAAACUAACUUGUAGGGUGCUUUGAGUCCUACAUGGUUAGAGUGUUUAAAUUAGGCUAAAAUAAGACGUAAACAUAAACAGUGACGUUUAGCAAAUUUUAACAUGCAAUACGCUUCUUUGCGACACGUGGGUAGCUGUGUUGCCCUCUGUGGACUGGGGGGGGGCAUUGGAGGCAGUUGUCAAGUCCCCUAGAGUCCCGCAAUACCUUUGCCUCUGCCCGUGCCACUUCCGUUCAUCUCCCCGGCUUGCAAUUUGCCGAUCAAAGGGGCUUUAUUGGUCGGCGACCUGAAUACAGUCAGCCAAUUCCUGAAUCUGGAAACGGAGCCCCUGGAAGUGUGGGUUCGCGGAGGUCCGCCAGGUGAGCCGGGGGUGAGUGUAGGGCUGGUGUCUCACCCGAGGUUCUUUCCGGUCCGCGGGGGCCCUCCGCCUGUUUCACUUGCCGGGAUAUAACCCUGCCAUGGACCGGUCAGAAGCACGGUGGGCAUCACUAAUUCCGCUGUGUGGGGUUGUGCUCCGCUGGUCGAUGGUUGUCGGGGCCCCGAGCGGUGAGCAGGCCGUGCCUGCUGGCGGGUCCCGCUCUGAGGUGUGGGAGCACGGGUGCUGGUGCCAGAGGUUUCCCGCCAUUGCUGGUGUCGGUGCUUGCGUGGCCGGUUGGCCUCCUUGAAGGCCUGCAGUGGAAGUCCAUAAUGGCGUCUGAGGGUCACGGGACGGAUCCACGAGGCCACCAUUCGAGCUGCUUGAGGGCAGGGCACUCCCCUGUCUCACAGUGCCGUGUAGAAGCUCGCGCUGAGCCGGUCUAGGGCUGUCAAGGGGUUAGAGUGCAAGUGGCUGCCAGUGUUCUCCCUCCCUGACCCCUGCUGGGUGGCCAUUUUGGAUGUGCUCCGGUAAGUCCGUGCUUCUGCAGGCGGUAUCGCCGUAAUCUCUCACUUUUAGUUUAGGCUGCUUGUCUAGUGUAGACUGGGAUAACCCCCACUGGUCCGGAGGGGGGAAGUGAGAGAUCAGGAACGAUUCUGGAGGGAUCCAGUGUCUGAGAGAGCAGCCGCCUCUCCCCGGCUCCAGCUCCCGCAGGUUGCGUUUCUGGCUUCGGUCUCUGGCAGGCUGCAGCAAGGUGGCUGUCGAUUCAGUGGUGCACCCCCUAUGUGGUCUAUGGGCUGUGUAGUUGCCGAUUUAGACUUAAAUCUUGCCUCCCCGACAGGAGCUCUUUCCCCGCACGUCUGUUCAGCUUGGCGGUCAGACUCCGCUCCCUAAGCUUACUAUAGUUAAUGAAACUUACUGAUAUAUAUUUUUUUGGAUUAUGUAUACUGAUUUUUUUGAGAAAAUUUCAAUUUAUCUGGCAGGUCAGCAGUGUUGGACACACUAUAUACUAUUAUUUGAUCAAGUGCUGCUCAGCUUAACUUUGCCUGCUGCUGCAGUUUCUCACAGAGCAAUCUCAGCAGCAGCUGGUCGAAUAACAGUAGCACCUGACCCAACAUGACUGCUCAGCCAGUUUAAAAAAAAAAAAAAAGGGAGGGGUGGGACUGCAGGCACCAACAAACUAAAGUGUUUAUCUGGUUCCUUUUAAAUAAAAAAAAAAAAAUUAAAAAAAAUUGACAUCUCUUUGGUGUGAAUAAUACUUCACUUAUUGGAAAUGUACAGGACAUUUUAUUUCUAGAAUAUUACUGCAUCUUCGAAAACUUUGCAAACUUUAUAUACACAACAUUAUGGAUAUGCAUAUAAGCUGUAAAAUAUGUUUAUAUGUCUGUAUCUAUAAUUUGUGCAUGCCUUUAUAUUUUUUUUUUCUGAAUCGACCUGCCUGUGUUCUGACAGAGGAAACAUGGGAAGAAAAUCAAAGCUUAGUGGUGUUAAUGCAAGUAAGAAUAGCGACAACACAAAAAAGUGGCAAUUUCUAUCUGUCUGGAUGAUACACAUGUUGCUUAGUAUUGAGAAGGAUGUUCAUCUCUCCCGGACCCUCGAUAGCUGGUAUUAGAAGUUCCUUCCCUGUCACUAUUACUUUUGGAGUAAGAGGGGUUUUUCUUUUACCUUAACCUUUUUUUUUAUUUAUUUUUUCCUCUUUUAUACUAAGAUACAAUACAGGUUUAAGGUCUGUGUAAAUUAGCAAGUUAUAUAAUUGAAACCACUAUUACUACCUGGAAUAUUUUCACUUUCUAUUUUGUAAUUUCUAAUUUUAAGCAGUUUGCGAAGCAGGCGGGCGCAUCGGGUGCAUACCCUCUUACUUCACCACCUUCAUCUUAUCACAGUACAGUUACACCGUCUCCAUCCAUGAUGCAUUCACAGUCUCCAGGUAAGAGUGGUCCACUUAAAAGCUUUGGAUUGGCAUUGGUGGGAGGGUAACAACUCUAGGCUUUAUCUUCUACUGUAGUAUUGAUGGAGUAACAAAUAAUAUACCCCUGACAGACCACAAUUCAUAUAAUGUAUACCUGUCUGAAAUUAUUAGACAUAUGGAUAUGUUUAUCAAUAUUUUAUUUAGAAACAAAUCCUCUUUUGCAGUUGCACAGCAAUACCAUUAUCUUUGAGGCUACCCUUUAAAAUAUAUAUAUUUUUUUUGGUUUUGUUAACUAGGAAAUCUGCAAAGCUCACCUAGUGGUGCACUAAGAGCACCUUCACCUGCUUCCUUUGGUCCCACUCCCUCGCCUUCCUCGCUUGGAAUCACUAUGGUCCCCACCUCUAAUUUUGCUAGCCCUCACGGUGAGUGCUUGUGUUGGAUAUUUAAAAGGAAUAUUCACCUUUCAUCAACCUUCAUUUUCUAUAUUUUCAAUCACUAUUACAUCUUAAUCCAUAUAUUAUCACUGCACAUUCUUCUCAGUAAUGAGAAUUUGCUCCCUAUAAUGUGUUUUGUAAGACAAUGUCGCGUUUACCCAAUAGGUUUUAUUAAAGAGGCCGCGUAGUAGGACCACUAUGCGUAGGGUGAUUCCUGUUGGCUCUGGAAUUAUGUAAAAGUUGUGCACUAUCUAAUGCAGUAAGAUGGGCAUCACUUUCUGCCUAAUGCGUCAGUAUAAAAUGGUGUAAUUAACUUUUUAUUGAAAUCUUGCUGAAAUCUUAACUACACCCUCUUAAAAGGACUAAAUAAACAGCUAGUGACAAUCAUUUGUAAAAGUCACUAUAGUCACCAAAACGACUUUAGCUUAAUGAAUCUAUUUUAGUGUAUAGAUCAUGCCCCUGCAGACUCGCUGCUCAAUUCUCUGCCAUUUAGGAGUUAAAGGACCACUAUAGGCACCCAGACCACUUCAGCUUAAUGAAGUGGUCUGGGUGCCAGGUCCAGCUAGGGUUAACCAUUUUUUUUAUUUUUUUUUUAAAUAAACAUAGCAGUUUCAGAGAAACCGCUAUGUUUAUAAUAGGGUUAAUCCAGCCUCCAGUGGCUGUCUCUUGACAGCCGCUAGAGGCGCUUGCGUGCUUCUCACUGUGAAAAAUCACAGUGAGAAGACGCCAGCGUCCAUAGGAAAGUAUUGUGAAUGCUUUCCUAUGGACUGGCUGAAUGCACGCUUGGCUCCUGCCGCGCAUGCGCAUUCAGCCGAAGAGGAGGAGAGCUCCCCGCCCGGCGCUGGAGAAAGAGGUAAGUUUAACCCCUUUCUCCCCCCCAAAGCCCGGCGGGUGGGGGCACCCUCAGGGCACUAUAGUGCCAAGAAAAUGAGUAUGUUUUCCUGGCACUAUAGUGGUCCUUUAAAUCACUAUGUUUAUACAGCCCUAGUCACACCUCCCUGCAUUAUCUGCCAUUUCCUAAACACUUCCUGAAAGGAGUCAUCUAAUAUUUAUACUUCCUUUACUCCAAAUUCUGUUUAAAUUUGAACUUCUUAUCUCCUGCUCUGUUACUUUCUUGCUAGACCCUCCAGGAGUCUCCUGUAUGUAAUUAAAGUUUAAUUUACAGAGCAGGAGAUAAAAUCUAUUACAUUAAGUUACAUCUGAUUGAAAAUGAAAGUUUUGUUUUCAUACAGGCCGUGUCAGAGGAAACGUGACUAGGGCUGCAUAAUUAGAAAGAAAAGUGAUUUAACUCCUAAAUGGCAAAUAAUUGAGCAUUGUAACCUCAGAGGCAUAAUCUGUACCCAAACACUGCUUCAUUAAGCUAAAGUUCUUUUGGUGCCUAUAGUGUCCCUUUAAGCUUUACAGGUUAUAUGAUUGCACCACAGGGGCAGGCCAAUGCUUCAGCAUACACUCCCCCAAGACCAGAAAAGGGCUUCGCCAAUCAUGUCUCGCAUUCUGGUUUUUAGGGUUUUGGUUUUUUUUCUCGUAUCGCAUAAGCACCUGUCCAGCAUGAGUUUAUGGGCUAUCUAAAUUGUUCCCCUGCCUUGUUUUCCCUAGUCAUAUAUAUGAUGAGUGGAACUGCUGAAUAUGCUGAUAACAGCCUAUUCACAGCUCAGUUUGUGCAGGAAUUACCCAAACUUGAUGAUCUAGAGCUGGAGAGAGGCGAGAUGUGCAAUACAGCCACUUGUCAUAUCUUUAUUUCCUCCCUUGAUGUCAGUAAGCUAGCAGCAGUCUUCAAGCUGCAGUGAGUUCUGCAAUUAACUGCUCUGAGUAGGGACUGCAAGGAAAGUGUUCUCCACACAAUAUUAUUUGUAAUGUUGCAGAGUUUUUUUUAAGAGUUUUUGUUUUGAGCCUUUCCCAUGUGUUGUGUAUUAGAAAUAUAUUUCAAUCUGUUAUGGUCCAGCAUGUGAAUGUAUGUGAAAAAAGUGGAUUAGGACUGUUUGUGUAUGUUGUUGUUGAAUGACUUUGACUUUUAAAAGGCAGACCCCGGUUUUUGUUAAACAAAUCAUACCUGAGAUACUUCUUAACUAAAACCAGUUCUAUGUAUUGGGGCUGAAGAGUACUAUAGUCGUUGUGGCAGCCCAGGAGUAGUAGGAGUGUGAGCACAGGGCUUAAUUUUGUAUUUAUAUUUCAUAUUACAUUUACCCUCAGAAGCUUACUUUUUGUAGUGCUUUUUGUGUUGUUGUUAAUUUGAACCUCUUGUACUUAAAGGAAUCCUACAGUGCCAGGAAAACAAAGCAGUUUUCCUGGCACUAUAGGUUUAAUAGGUGUCCACCCCCCCAACCCUGAAGGGGUUAAAACACCUUUAGCCACAUACCUGAAUCCAUCACCGAUGUCCCUUGCCCGCCGACAUCAGGCUACGCCCAUGCCCCUCUCCAUAGGAAAGCAUUAUUCAAUGCUUUCCUAUGGGGUAAAUCUGACGCUGGAGAUCCUCAUGCAGAGCGUGAGGACGUUCAGCGUCAGAUAACGGACCAAAGAUCCAUUUGGAUUCUGGAAGCUCCCCCAGUGGCACUGUGGGCAGACUUAGAACUGCAGUGUAAGCGUUGCAGUUUUUUUGGAACUGCAAUGUUUUAUAUUGCAGCUUUAAGUGCAAUAGGGACACCGCACCCAGAUCAUUUCAAUUAGCUGAAGUGGUCUGGGUGCCUACAAUGUCCCUUUAAGCAGCCUUUGUGCUAUAUUAAUUUAGUCUGCAUAUUUAAAGCCGCUCAUUUUUUUAUAUUUUAUAGUCAAAAAUUAAAUCUAGUCUGCCUUUUUUAUUUUGUUUUUCCAAAAUGAAACAUAUAUUUGCAAAGUGGGGACUACUUUUCCUUGUGCAUAAGCUGCAGGUUGACAAAAGUUGAGAAAAGGUGGGGGUUUUAGUCAAGCACCACGCCCGUUGUCAAGAUUGUAAUUGGCUGUAUUUGUGUAUACUCCCCUCCCUCCAGCUCCACGUCUGACAAUGAUGCACAGUCAUGGGCAGUCAUAAUUGGUUUUCACUGAUGAUCUCAUCAGUGUAUUUUACUUCUGCGUGAUUUCAUGCACAUACGCACGGCAGGGCAGAAGAUCGAAUAUCUGGCACUGCCAUCUAAUAUGUCAGAGCAAAGAAGAAUACUCAGUGGAACUUUUAGAUGUGCUUCAAAGCAGAAGUGAGGACUUCUAGAAACGUUGCUGGCGGGUGCAACAAUUGCCAUCCCUGUGCUUUAGAGUAACAUUGGAUUGGCAGGGUAAGCAACCUUCGGCUCUCCAGAUGGUGUAGAUUUAAUCUCUCCUGACUCCUUGCCAGUGUUAGGUUGUAAGUGUAUUAUGGGAGAUAUAGUCCACAACAUCUGGUUUGCAGAAGUUUCCUACCUCUUAUCAUAUAACCCGAUACAGUAAGAUAAACAAUAUUAAUUUUAUUUGGAACUAAACUGUUGACUGCAGCUGUCUAGCUUCGACCCGAAUUGUAAGUGUAUGAGUCCAGAGGUGUAGCCUAGGGCCAAACUUUUCAAAUUUUUUGUGAGGGUGGCUGUCUAAGCCUCUAUUACAGCGCUAAUUUUGGGGGCUGACUUUUAUGAUGGAUUUUUUUCCCCUCCUACUCCCUACAGUAAUCCCCUAAUUCCAUAGCCCUGAUCUGUGUAUGUUUUUUCUGCUUUAGGUCACUGUUUCUGCAGAUUCUUGUAUUCUUCUUAUUCAUAUUUGCUGAUUGACUCUAUCUCCGUGUUUUAAUUAAAUUUAGAGCUUUGACUUGUCUGUGUGAUAUGAUUGCAUUUCCCUGUAGCCACCAUAGUUUAUUUCUGUAAUUCUUGGUACAGUAGGUAGUUCUUAAGACAGGGAAUAUGCAAUAUUUCUCCAGCAUAUUUAUUGCAUAUUUUAGAAGCUACUGAAAGUACAUUAUAUAUGUGAAACAUGUUGACGCUGCCUGGAGCUUUUGUAGGCAUAUAUAUUUUCUACUUGACCUCUUGUCAAUUUCAUGGAAUCAAUUGUCGCAUGUAGAAGUUACUAUGAAACAAAUGGCUUGUCUACUUACCUUGGUGGGAUAGAGAACCAGGACACUGUAGUGGUUAUGGUGCUUGGAGAGAUUAGGUCUUCUAGUGAGGCUGUAUAGAAAAAUUCAUUUUGAAAAGUUUGAAUCGGUUGUGAUGUAUAGGUGAGUGUUAAUUGUAUUCUGUUGGCACUUUAGCAGGACGUGUGUCAUUGCACCCUAUGAAACUGUUUGAGGGUGCUUACCUGGUAUGAUUUGUUAUCAAUAAUUUGAGGUCAUACUUUAGCAGUGGGACAUAGUUAAGAGGUAGUUACAGUUAACACUUAUAUGGUGAAAUAGAGGAAACCGUCACAUUUCUGUGGCAUUGUAUCAGAAUUGUCCAUAAUUAAUAAAACAGACUACCAUGAUACAUUUUAUAAUUCAGUAUCAACAUCUUCCAUUUACACAUAAUUAUGAAUAUUGUAGUCUUCUCCUGCCAUAUUGAAUGUUUAUACAUUGUAGCAUAUUAAGAUAAACACAUUAUCCCAUGGAAAGCUUAAGUACAUAUUAACAUUAGAUGUGACGUCAUAAAAAAAAUCUCAUCUUGCAACUUGCACAGGUACAUUAGACCCUAGCUCUCCGUACACCAUGAUGUCACCCAGCCAGCGUGCAGGGAAUUGGCCAGGGUCUCCUCAAGUAUCUGGUCCUUCUCCAGCAACUCGUAUGACUGGAAUGUCACCAGCAAAUCCAUCUCUUCACUCUCCUAUCCCUGAUGUGUCUCACUCCCCUCGAGCUGGAACAAGUAUGUCAUAGUUCCCAUCAUGCACUUUUUUUUCACUAGACAUCCUCGUUAGGUGUAUUUAUUAGUGUUUUAACAUUCUUCAAAUUUUGUUAUGAUCUGUAAAUUGGUAGCAAUUGCAGAUAUUGAUAAGUUUAAUGCCUAAUUACUUUGUUUCCAUGGGCAUCACAAUAAAAAAAAAUCACCAAAAAUUGGGCAUAUAUUUAAUAUAGUCCGCUGUAAAGUUGAAAUAUAACAUUUCAGAAAAAAAAAUGUAAAUAUGAGAUGUCUCAAAAAGGAUCUGUCUUUGUUUUAGAUGGCUUUGCAACUUUGUACUUGUUCUUUUUGGUUUUCCUGUCAGUAUAGAUGUGCCUCUGUUUUGUGCAGUGUUUAUAACUGUGAUCUUUGACUUUUCUGUGUGUCUGGCACUAAAUCAUAGAAAUGUCAACUUUCUUCUAAUUAAUCUUGACUACGCCAUACAUUCCGUUUGUGAAUGAAUUGCUGAGAUGUGCAAAUCAUUUGCACCAAGCCUCUUACAUGAUCAAAGAAUGAAUAAUGUCCUUCCUCAGCUAUAGGUUCAGUAUCUCUACAAAUAAGCACAUGUGGACAUGUUGGAAUCCCCCCCACCUCUCCCCCUUAUGGGAGAAAAAUUAUUUUGGGAUCUGUUCCUUGAAAGCCCAUCUAGCGUCUUAGUAGUGGAGUCUUUUUUUCCUUUUUUUUUUUUUUCUUCUUCUCUCCACUUGCUGCUAAAGUUUAGCUUUUUGAAUGUGUUAAUUUUUAGGCAUUCUUUUUUCCAUUUCAUCAUGAAGUGCAUGUAGAUCAAAUUAUCUCAAAUUAUUGCAGAAUAUACAAAGCUUCUGAUUUUGUAAAUCCCAGUGUUGCUUUAAUAUUUGUAAUAUAUGGGUAUCAUGUAAAUAUUUAUCUUGCAAGUAAAGCCUUUCCAGAUUUUAGUUAAUGUGUAUAAAUAUUUGUUUUUCCCCCUUAUUUUUAUAGGCUCUCAGUCAAUGCCAACAAACAUGCCUCCUCCACGUAAGCUACCUCAACGUUCUUGGGCUGCGUCCAUCCCUACAAUCCUCACCCACAGUAACUUGCAUGUACUCUUACUGCCUUCUCCUACUCCCGGUUUAGCACCAGCAUUAGCCGGUAGCUACCUAUGUUCUCCUCUGGAGAGGUUCCUUGGAUCAGUUAACAUGAGGCGACAUCUCCAGCGGAUAAUCCAGCAGGAAACGGUAUGUGCACAGCUUUCAGUUCAAUAUUUGAGAUUACCAUUUACAAACUUCAUAGCUAUUGAUGUAAGUUAGUAAAAAAUAUCCUUAAGGGCAUGUAUUUAGUAAAAUAAGUAAAUAAAUAGAAUGAGAGAGAAUGUCGGAUAUUAACUUUGCUGUGGUGUGUUCUUUCUUCAGUUGCAACUAAUAAAUUCCAAUGAACCGGGGGUCAUAAUGUUCAAGACCGAUGUAUUGAAGUGCCGUGUGGCUCUCAACCCCUCAACAAACCAGACACUGCAGCUGAAAGUGACACCUGAAAAUGCCGGGCAAUGGAAGCCAGAGGAACUGCAAGUUUUGGAGAAAUUCUUUGAGACUAGAGUAUGUGAAAACACUAUUGUUACUUGUGAGGGGAGAAUAACUUUAUUUUUUCAUAUCAGCCUAGCUUGUUUGUUUGUUCAUUGAGUCAUAUGUCUCUCACUAAUGUUGAAAUACCUUUUUUUUCUUUUUGUAUUUAUUAACACCACUGUGUAAUUAUCUUGUGAAGACACUUUAUCAAUUGGUCAUUAAUUAUGCUGUAAAAUGAGACCCACAUUUUGUGAGGAAGAGAUUGAUUUAUUGCAAACUGCUAAUAUAUGUGAUGUUUAAGCAAUAUAUUAUGUUUCAAGUGAGCAAAUUUGUUUGCCAGGAAUCAUUUAAGUUGAUAUGCUUUAUUGGCUGCAUCAGGUUUUUUUUUUUUUUUUAAGUGGCACUGAAGAGAAAUUAAUCUCUCUUGUUUGGUUAAAAAAUUGUUUACUACAAUACUACUUUAGUUACUAAUUUUUCUUCUUUUUUUUUUUUUUUUCUCCCCGCUCCUUUCUAAUAGGUUGCAGGGCCACCAUUUAAGGCCAACACGCUGAUUGCUUUUACAAAGUUACUAGGGGCUCCAACACACAUACUAAGGGAUUGUGUACACAUUAUGAAGCUAGAACUGGUAAGAUUUUUAUAUAUUUAUUUUUUACUCGUAAAAAAAAUAAAAUAGAAGUGAGUAGUAUAGUGACGGAGUAUGGUGUGAAUGCAUGUGCCAAAUAGAAAUCAGUUGCACCAAGUUAGAGUAAAAUAAUGAACUUGGAGAAAUUUAUUAACUCUGUAGUUUUGAUCUAAAUGAUAUGUCAUAAAUUCUGAUUAAGGAUUAAAGUUCACUGUUUGACUGUGCUUAAAGGGGCAGACUAUGCACCAUAUCACGUCCAAUCGACUCUUCUGCUGUAUCUAAAGUGGAGGCUCCCCAUCCGCAUUAGAUAUAUGUCUGUUUCCUGUUGGAGUACAAUGGCUGAGUAUCAGCUGGCACACUCUGCCAAAUAAUUCCUUUCACAAUAACUAAUGCAAUAGUAUGGACUUUGGCAGUCCCAGAAAACGUGGCAGCUGUGGGCCUUUAAUUGUCAAAGUAUUAAAACCUGAUUUGGCUUACAGUGGGGGCAGUUCCAGGGAACCCCUGGUACCAUCAUCACUACAGUUCACUGUAAAGUUUGAGCGUGGGCUGAGCUUUUAAUGUGGCCAUUAAUUUUUAAAUAACAAAAAAAGAAACAUUUGGUAACAUUAACAUUCAUGUGUUCUUGCUUGUUAAAGAUUUAUUUAGCUGAACUGGAAGUUGAGUUAUAUACAUUUCAAUAACUGCAGUAGGUAAAAAAAAAUAUUAAGAAAUAACAUUAUGCAAAACAAUAUAUAUGAAAUUUGUUCUUUAGCUACAGCUGUCUUUGUCAUAAAGCACAUAAUUAUGUGUAAUUGGUUUUAUAUCCCUGAGUAUAGAAAACAGAUGUUAUAAAAGUAGUAUGAAAUUCAUAAUUUAUUUGUUGUACACAGUUCCCUGACCAAUCAACGCAGCUAAAAUGGAAUGUUCAGUUCUGCUUGACUAUACCACCGAGUGCACCACCAAUUGCUCCACCUGGCACUCCAGCUGUUGUGCUGAAAUCGAAAAUGCUGUUCUUUGUAAGUAAACACAUGAUCAUCUUGAUUUCACGCUGAUCAAUGACUGCUAAUUGUUGGUUUAUCAUCAGUUGUGGGUUAGUUCUCUGAUACUCAGUCAGGAACUUCUUUCUUGUCCACACAACUGGUUUUCCGAUAUUCGCAAUCAUUUUUAAAGUCCAUACUCUACUCAGUAUUGCAAUUUAGAAUGAUAAAGGGCACAUUAAAUUGUUUGACAUGUUCUAAUUAUGUCUUCAACAACAACAGUCUUUUGACUGAUCUAUAGAUUAGAAAUUAAAGUGUGUAUACAUGUUUCACCACCUUUACUAUUUCGAGCCAUCAGUAUUCGUCCACUUCUGUAAUCUUCAUUUGUGUGUUUAUGUAUCUUCCCAGUAUUUUAUAUUUUAUGACUACCCUGCUGACAUUAUUUGCUUCUGCUUUGGUUCAUAGCUUCAAUUAACACAAAAGACAUCCGUGCCACAAGAGUCUGUUAGUAUUAUUGUCCCCAUCAUCUAUGAUAUGGCAUCAGGAACAACCCAGCAGGCGGACAUUCCACGUCAGCAGAACUCUUCAGUGGCCGCUCCAUUAAUGGUCAGCAAUAUUCUGAAAAGAUUUGCAGAGAUGAAUCCUCCACGUCAAGGUAAAUUGUCUUAGAGAUGUUGUUUACCAGUUUUACAUAAAGUUAAUCCUAGAUUUUAGCAGAUUUUCAGUUGGGGUGUGUAGUGAUCACUGCUUUGAUCAUUGCUGUGACUACCAAUUCGGAUUAUAAUUAGCCUGCUAAAACUACCAAAAAGAGCUAACAUUUGGAGUGAUAACUCAACUUUUCUCAGAAUUGAUGCUCUAUUGGCUGUCAUACUUCAUCACAAUACAAUAAAAAUGAUGUCAGAAAUAUAACAUUGUUUAAAGUGUUUAAAAUCAACAACAGAGAUCAUGUCUAGUGAUUUAAAAUAUCCAACAUUUUUGGGAGAACGUAGAAAGUGCAAAAACCUAUAGCUUCAGGGCAUGAAAAAAAUUAUCAGGAACAUUUAGAUUAACACAGGAUUUCUUUAUUUUUAAAGUGCAGUUGUUAUGAUAAAUUCUUCAAACACUGUCAACUGGACAUACAUUCCUAAAUGAGUCUGUCCAUGCUUGAUUUAGUGAAUUAGAGAACUUUAAAACAAAUAAAUAAAUAUAUAUAAAUAUAUAUAUAUAUAUAAAUAUAUAUAUAUAUAUUCACUAAAUGUCUGCUUUAAAAUAAAUAUAAAAUAAUUAUUUUGCUACUGUAGACUUGUUUUUACAUUAAUCAAUAUAGUGAAAACGUGGCGCCACACUAACAAUAUAACAUGUGAUAAAAGCUUCCGAGAAAGUGGAGGAUGCGCUAAACCGUUUGAAAACAGAGUAAUUAGCUGGUACAGCCAUGUCCUAUUUGAGUUUAAUGUGGAUAUACCAGCUAAUUACUCUAUUGAUAAGUAUUCAUCUGGCUUUCAUACUGUUUAGCGCACCCUCCACUCUCUUGUCUUUUGUUUUUUUGUUUUUUUAUUGAAUUGUGGAAUCGAUAUCCUGAGAUCAUCUAGUGAGGACAAUGCCACUGCAUUAAGCUAUAACAACCAAAAAAUGUUACCCAAAUAGUCUGUGCUUCCCUAAGGAAGGGAUUGGAGAGGCAGUCUAGGAAUCUUCCGUAGCAAUCCCGCAUGUAUGUAUGUUUGUUUAUUUAUUCUCUCUCAUCCAGAGGUAUAUCAUAAUGCACGAAUAAAAGAAGCAUGUGUAGCACACGUUUGACUACAUACCUAAAUACAAAUAUGUAUAGUAUCAAAUAAAUCAUUAAGUUUUCCCAUUUAUGCUCUUUUUGAUUGCAAUGAAUAUCUCACUGGGGACAUUGCAAUGAAUAUCUCACUGGGAUACAGAAUUUAUAUAUUUUGCAUAAGUCACAUGUUUGUCAUUUGGUUAACAGGUUUCAGUUGUUACAAGAAUUGAAAGCUUUAAACAUGUUUCCUUACUUUUCUUGUCUUCUACAGGUGAAUGUACUAUAUUUGCAGCUGUACGAGAUCUGAUGGCUAAUCUCACACUGCCUCCUGGUGGAAGACCAUGAACAUCAUUUUUCAAUUUUCAUGGAAACAUAUUAUUUUUCUCCGCUGUAAAUAUGAACUUAACAAAGGGCAAUUUUGUAAUUGGAUAUUUUUGUCUACGAGAACAAGGAAGUAAAAACUGGCUGAUUAUUUUCAGAUGCACUUCUUUCACCAGAAAUAUAUAUAAUUGAUCAAAAGAAGAACUAAUUUUUGUAUAGCAUGUUUUACUACAACACGUUUCAACUGACGAACUUAUAAAUAUCCGCUUGCAGGAACAGAUUUAUUAUUCUGUUUUAUACUGAAAAGAUAAUGGAAAUGCCAAACUUUCUUUAUGUAAAUGUGAUUUCUUUGGUGUAACAGAUUUUCUUAUUGGAUUUUUUUUUUUUUUAAGGAUGAUUUGUCAUUUUGAAUACUGUAAAACUGUGACAAACAUUAUUUAUAAUGAAACUGUAUUUUAAUAUGCUUAAAAUCCUACCGUGAAGAGGAUCUGGACAUGUUGUGAAUAUGUCCUAAGAAAGCAAUAUUUAAUAAACUAGAAGAAAAAAAAUGUUUGGUAUAUUAUUUUCUUCCAUUCCACACUGGAUGCUGUGACAUACAUUUUGCAGGCUGAUGGAUUGUGGGUAACGUAUGUUGGCAAGUGAAAAGCUUUACUUAAGAUGCUCUACAUAAGGAAAAAGAGUAGCCCCUACUUUUUCUUAUGUAUAAAAAGAAAAGGAGAAAUAGAGGGAAGAAAAAUGAUUAAUGUAAUAAAUCUGCAGAAUGCAAGUUACAAUAACUCGUGCGUGUGUGUUUCUGAAUUUUGAAAACCUCUUGUCAAUCAGCUAGCCAGCCACACUUGCUCCCCUCUCUUCCUACAAGAUGCAGCACGGUCUACACCCUAAUAAAGUCCAAUUUAGUGAACUGGGCAUAGGGUAAAUUGAUUCUUAGCACUAUAGUUUCCCUUUAAGCUUCCAGUCUAUCAAUAACAGUUUUCCAUUCAUUAAGUUUUAAUCAAUCCAUAGGAGCUAUUUUUGGUAACAUUUUAUACUGAAAUAACGCUUUAGCCUUUAUUUUAUUCCAUUGUGGUAUCUUGUUGCUUCAAUUUCCUGCUACUAUUAAUUUUGAGGCUAACCGAAUACGUUAUAAUUUUAUUCUCCAUCCUUCCUUCCAUUCAGUCAUCCUAGACCAGUACAAAUGCAAGAGGAAGCUCUCUGGGGUAAAGAAUAAAUUCACCCCGCAUAACGUUUAUCUGCUGUUUAAUACUAUUACAAACUUUAAUUGGCUUACAGUGCUACCAGAUAUAGAGAUAAUCACCUUUUCCUGUUCCACAUCUCCAGCACUCAUUAUGCCUAUCUUUGUACAUUUUAGAGAGUUUUUCUUGUACUAGAUACCACUGUUUACUAAUUUGUAAAAAGAAAGUCAACGACAUUUACAUUUUUUUACUGUUCUAUUGACAUUAUUUAUAGCCUUAAUCCACUCUUCUUUUAAUAUCUCUAUAUUCAGACCUUUUCCCAUGUCCCUUUAGCAUUAAAAUUGUUAUCCCUCUUUAAUUCUUUUAUCAUAUCUAAGCACCUAGAUAUCAGUCCUCUACGAUUUGGAAACAGUCCUCAGGCCUUUAUUUUACUCAUUUAUAUAAAAAGAACACUAUAUUGUUAUGAAUACAAAUAUGUAUUCCUAACGCUAUAGAGCCCUAACCACUGUUUAGGUGACUAGGGCCCCGUUCUGCGGUGAAUAAAUGGUUAACCAUUUAUUUGCUUACCUUAAUCCAGCGCCGGGCUCCCUCGGCAUUGGUGAACUCUCCUUGUCCAUCAACGUCAGCUCCCGAUUGGAGCUGAAUGAGCAUGUGUGGCCAGAGGGGCGCGCGCACAUUCAAACAUGCCCAUUGGAAAGCAUU